UGGCGUUAUAUAGAAACAGCUAGCAAUGUGAUGAUAACGAAUGGCCGAAGACUUAGCCAAAUAUUCCCAAUUUUUAGGGAUAUCUCAAAAAGCUGUUGACUGGAUGCAAUAGUCGCAUUGUACUUCCAUUGGGAGUGUGUUAAAGCCUUUAAAGACAUUUUUUGUGUGUCGAAUCAACCUGGUUUUUAAUUCCUUUUGCAAAGGAGAACCCAAAGACCGACUUCCUAUCAGGCGCGUUGUUAGUGCUUGUUGUCUGGGGAAUUUUCGCUUUUUUCGAAGCUUGAAGUGUCCACGAAGUUUUUAGACCUCUGGAGACGUGUAUAUAAUAUAUUGUGCUGAAAAUAAGUAUACCCAUGGUAUUUGAUUGUUUCAGUUGGAGACAACUGCUAUAGAUUUUGACAUCUGAGAUGCCAAUCCAAACACCCCAGUGGACGGAGUUUCUAACUUGUCCAAUAUGUUGCAACGAAUUCGAAAAAACCCUCCGCCGUCCUAUCAGCCUAGGAUGCGGACACACAAUGUGCAAAGCUUGUCUAUCRACUUUGCACAAAACCCAAUGUCCUUUUGACCAAGCAUCUGUGAGCAUAGACAUUGACAAAUUGCCUGUGAACACUGCACUGCUAAAGCUAGUUGGUGCUGAAGUCACAGAGGACAAUGUCCCUGACAUUCCAUGCAUACAAGAGAAUAAGAGCAAAUAUSUAACUUCRAUGAGAAAAAUAGAAGAGCUGGCAAUGUUUCUGAAGUCUACGGGAACCACRGCUAAYGGGACCAUGGCAAGUGCUAGCAAUACCAUGAAUGGCAUCACAGGACUUAAUCGGCCAAUGCAAAGAAAACUUGUCAACCUUGUGAACUGCCAACUUGCUGAGGAAGAAGGACGCACACGSGUGAUGAGAGCUGCUAGAAGCUUAGGUGAACGAACUGUCACAGAACUUAUGUUGCUUCAUCAAAAUCCACAGCAGCUUUCGGCCAAUCUCUGGGCUGCUGUACGCAAUCGUGGUUGCCAGUUUCUUGGGCCAGCAAUGCAGGAAGAAGCWUUGAAACUYAUUCUUCUUGCUCUUGAGGGAGGAGAGUCUCUGUGCAGAAAAGUCCUUGUGUUGUUUGUUGUGCAGAAAUUGGAAAAUGUGUUUCCCCAAGCCUCUAAAACAAGUAUCGGCCAUGUGGUUCAGUUGUUGUACCGAGCUUCAUGUUUUGUGGUGACUAAAAGGGACGAUGACUCUUCAUUGAUGCAGUUGAAAGAGCAGUUUCGKACCUAUGAUGCCCUGAGAAGAGAGCAUGAUGCUCAGAUAGUUCAAAUCGCAAUGGAAGCAGGGCUUCGCAUAUCACCUGAGCAGUGGUCUUCUGUUCUCUAUGGGGAUUCAGACCACAAGUCGCACAUGCAGUCAAUCAUAGACAAGCUCCAGACACCACAGUCUUUCUCCCAGAGUAUAGUGGAACUAAUCUUUGCUCUACAACGAUCCAAUGACCCUGGUGAACUCAUCAAACUAAGACCUCACUUUGAGCUUCUGUCAAACAUUGAUGCCUCUCCAGAAGCCAAAGCUCCAGAAUGGGAUGAGCUUGAGGAAGCGAUGAAUGCUGUUCACGCUGUUGUUAGUGGACUUGUGAACUUUUCAAGGGUUUAUGGAACUAAAAUGAAAGGAACUGUGGACCAACCUCAGCCCAAUCACAACCAUAGCAAGUACAAGACCAGCAUGUGUAGGGACUAUCAGAAACCUGGAGGCUGCCCUAGAGGAUCAUCUUGCUCUUUUGCUCACUCGGAAGAAGAACUCGAAAAAUUCGGUAGAAGAAAGCCAAACAAGGGAAAAGGAGGCAUUGUAGCAAGGGGACCUUCAUCAAUGUCCUCAGAUAUCUCUUAUUCCUCAAUGGARAAUGGACUGGACCAAACAGCCAACACAGGRAGCCCACAGUCUCAACACAUGAACGGAUCUGCUCGGUCUUCUCCAUGUGAGUUGGCACCGGUGAAUUCAUAUGGACAACCACAGACGCAGUACCGAAGAGUGAACCAAGAUCAAACCAUGCCACAGAGAAUCAAACAAAUGAAUCUMCACAGUCCACCAGGUUACUCUUCUCCAGGGCCCUACGAUGGCCGUAUGUCAUAUCCAACCAAUGGUGAAAGAGCCAAUGGGUACUAUUAUCCUACUACCAAUGGGUUCACACCAGCUAUGGUCCCUAGGGACAUGAAAGGAGUUGCAGGGCCUCCAGGAAUUAUCACCCCACCAAGCAGUUCCCCAUUGACGAUACAGGAUGACAUGAACGGGUCACGUGAGAAUGGCAUGACCAAUGGGCAUGUAGAAAAUGGMAUGGGACGUAGGCUGGCACAUGGCCGUCAGUUUGAUCCAAAUCCGCGCCGUAGGACCCAAGGAUACGUCUUUGAACCAGGCUAUGGCGGGUACGACGCCUACUUUCCAUCCAAUGGCUACCCCCCUCAAUUCAGGCACCCCCAUUUCCACGACCCCUAUCAUGUACCCAUGACAAAUCGUCCUGAUGCUUGUGGAUUUGAUUACGUUUGCCAACCUGCCAUGUAUGAGCCAAGACCUGAGUACAUUGUUGAGAUGAACGGAAUGGCGAACAUGAACGGUAGGAUCGGUGAAGUUUAUCGUACAAGACGUCCUUAUAUUCCAGAUGAUAGAGAGCUUCAAGACUCUCCAAGAACGAGUGACCUUAGCGAGGAGUCCGACCAUCUUGAUCAAGAGUGGUUUCGUGCACGACGUAAAGACACCACCAUGUCCAACACAAGCAGCGGCGUGAGUAGCGGUUCUCCGUUAAGUCGCUCCCCCACAGCUAGCCAGGCAUCGUCUUCUAGUCUAUCUCCUCGACAAGAUAGUCCCGUUAUUUGGCAAAUUGGCGGUGAUGGUGACAAGAUUCUCGAGACCUAUAGGUGGUCGACAACCAAUGAGGUCAAUGAGGUCAACAAGUCAAUAAAGGAGCUAUGGCAGCAGCCACUUGUUGACCGCCGGUCAACCUUCUCAAGGCAUGAUCAGGAUCAAAUCUCUUCCGAUGCACUAUUUGCUCUUCGCCUGCAAGAAGAAGAGAACAAGUCCCUCCUAGAGACAAAGAGUAUUGACAAUGGUGAAAGUUUACUCAGGCAGCGAAGAGAACUCGAGGAACAGGAAAGACUCAAAGUCCGAAGAGAACAGGAAGAAAACGACCGUCGUAUAGCACUAGAAGCACAAGCUUUCGAAGAAGAAGACGAAAUGAAACGAACGACCGAGUCCGAGCAUGAUCGUCUUUAUAAGGAGCGAAUGAAACUCCUUGCCAAGCAAAACAAGGAACACCAAGAAAGAAAAGACAGAAAGUUAGCACAGCAAAUCGCUUUUGAAGACGCCAAAAACCAUGGACUUGUGCCGACUCGACCAAURGGCUACAAYUCGAGCCUGAUCCCUCGUGGAUCCACGAGUUGUCGUUAUCACGGGACUCGUGACGUAAGACCAAGUAACUUCAGUGCUUUCGGGAGUAUCGGCUCGUACCGCAACGGUUGCUCUCCUUUGUAUGGAGAAGAUGACGUCGUUGACUCACCACGUCACACGUGUAGAGAAGACGUCAUCACGUUUACUGGAUAACGUCACCAGCACGUUCAUCGAAAUUCUUGGUAUAUGUAAUGAUUGUGUAUCUAGUAUCUAGUUCUAUUUAGCCAGUUUUUCCUUUGUUUAUCCAAAUGUUUUGCAGUAUUUUAGACUUGUUAUAAUGUCCAGGCAAUCUACGCUUUGGAUUCGACACGAAUUUAAAUUGUUAAACGUCGCCAAGCACGUAAUAAUUAUAAGAAGGUGGGGGUCUGGGGACGAAGAUCCUUCAACUAUUCUGCCCCAGUCCCUGCGCUCCUUGAGCAGCCUUUAAUACAAAGUUAGCUUUUCUAACCAAAUUGAUUUUAAACUUAUAAAAGAUAAUCACAUGCACACAGAUUAAGUUAAUCCUAUUAUAGAUUUUAGCAAUUUAUAUAUGUUUCUAUUCGACAACUUAUCUCGUUGUAUUAACGGUGGGCCUGAAAGGCGAGACGUCUUGCCAGUUAUUUCCAAAACUAAUAACUGUAGAUGAUGAAAUAUGAUAKAACUUAGGGGGGAGGGRACAGAGGGUAAUGAGCCCACCCCAGGUAUCAUAUCAAAUCUAUCCUAUUGUACAUACAUUUAAUUCUUAAUGUUCGCGGUUCUAUAGAGAUGUUUCUUACUCCAAAGAACGUAGUUAAAAUAGCUCUUUGAUCCUAUGAAGUGAUCUAUUGUUGUAAAUUUUGUAAAAUCUCACGUAUUUUUCUCGCGUGAUUAAUGAAUUGGAAAUUUAGCCAGAGUUCACCUCUGAUUUAGCUUGUAUUAGUAAAUGGAUUUAAUAGUGAAACUAGAAUCAUUUUAAUGAUAACAGGAAGUACUCCAAUGCAAUUCUUUUUUAUUUGUAAUUUAGCUUUCUCAAAGUUUUCGCGUUUGUCUCACGGUCUUGGAGAUUUGUUGUCAUAGAAACCCAGUUAAAACUGGACACUGUUGUCUUGAUUCAAAGGUUAAGUACGAAUAGCCGACGAAAGAUAUUUUGGUCGCCAUGCACAAUAGAAUUGUAUACGAGACUACGGAGAAAUAAAUGAAUACAUUAAUUAAGAUCCUCUUUUCCCCACUCGAAGCCUCGUCUGCAAUAGCCGAUUUAUGAAUUUCGCAACAGUAUUUUUUUCGUAAAAAGACAUUUUUUUCACGAAUGACUGAUCUUUAUGUUCAGCGUCUCAUUUUGAUUCUUUGGCGGUUGAUUAUUGAGGCGAAAAUCGAAGUUGGCCGUUCUUUUGUACAUGGUUACUCCACCGAAAGUCGAAAGUCGGCACUUUCCUUCAGGCGUGCAGCAUAAACCAAGUGCACAGCGUAUCCUCGAGUGUCUAAGCAUGAAAGAAUGGGUAUUUCCAAUAUAUUUUUCUUUUAAUGUUAAGUCUAUUGAAUGGAAAUCUGCAUUAGAUUAAAAAAUUUGCAAUACUAUUUUGGAAAAUAAAAUGACUUUAAAAUUAUGACCACAUUUUUUAAAAUAUAAUACAGGAACAACCAGCCAUUUUGAAAAUAGCUUUUGCACAUGCUCAGUGUUGUUCGCCUCGUUUUAAUGCCGGGCGUGGUUACUUUUCAAUAUGGCGGUGCAAAUUUUGUUUGUAGCAUUUGAGUUCU